AGCCCCGGCACUGCUGUGCAGGAGAAGAGCAGGAACAGCACGAGUGCAGCAGGCAGACCUGGGGACACAGCGCAGCGCUGUUUGGCUUCCCGUGUGAGUGUGAGUGAGUGCAGCCCCAAUGGCAGGAUGUCACAGGACAGGAUCCCAGCUGAGCAUCAUCCUCGUGGGCAAGACAGGGACUGGGAAGAGUGCGACAGGGAACACCAUCCUUGGGAGGGAGGCAUUUGAUUUGACGGUGUCAGCACAUGCAGCAACCCAAGAGUACAAGAAAGUCAAAGGCCUCUUCUCUGGAAGACCAAUGGAAGUUAUUGACACACCUGGCCUAUUCGAUACAAGGGAAUCCAAAACAAAAAUAGCUGAAAGGAUUACGAAUGCUCUUCAGUACGUCUAUGCCGGGGUCCAUGCCAUCAUCCUGGUGAUGCAGCUGGGCCAAAUCAGUCAGGAAGAGCAGGAAGUGGCCGAGAGGGUGACCAAGAUAGUCAAUACUAAAGCAGAGAAGUACACAAUCCUGUUAUUCACCCGAGCAGAACAGCUGAAGGAUCCGAAAGAUCUGAAGAGUUUCAUAGAAGGGAACCCAUACCUCAGGGGGCUGGCAAGAAAGUGUGGAAAUCGGUACAUUGGUUUCAGCAACACAGCCACCAGAGAGGCGAGGGAUGGGCAGGUUGCAGAGCUCAUCAACAUGAUUGAUGCCAUGGUAGAGGAGAAUGGUGAUGCUCCGUGUUACACACGAGAAAUGUUGGAGGAAGACAAGCGGAAAUUCUAUAGGAGGUUUUGUACCAUCCAGUAGGUCAUCAGUUGAAAAGAUUAAGAAUGCCUUUCAGAACCUCUGUGCAGGGGUCCAUGCCAUCGUGUUUGUGAUGCAGCUGGGCUGAAUCACUAAGGAAGAGCAGGAAGUGGCUGAGUGGCUGACCAAGAUUUUCCAUACUGAAGGAAGGAAUUACACCAUCCUGUUAUUCACCCGAGCAGAAGAGCUGGAGCAUCCAGAAGCCCUGAAGGCUUUCAUAGAAGGGAGCUCAUAUCUCAAGGGUUUGGCAGCAAAGUGUGGAAAUCGGUACAUCGGUUUCAGCAACAAAGCCACCAGAGAGGUGAAGGAUGGGCAGGUUGCAGAGCUCAUCCACAUGAUUGAUGCCAUGGUAGAGGAGAAUGGUGAUGCUCCGUGUUACACACGAGAAAUGCUGGAGGAAGACACACAGGAAUUGUCUAGGCUUUGUACCAUCCUGUAGGCAGUGAGGGGUCGGUCCGGGAGGAGACAUCUCCUCCAUUGUGCCGUCCCUGCUGCGCUCUGAAGAUGACGCUCUCCUUCCUGGCUUGCAGUUCCCAUCCUUCCCCCUCCAUGCCCUGCGCUUUCCCCUGCCCUGUGUCACUGCUUUCCCUGCGGGCUGCAGGUGCUCAAUGUGUGUAUGCUGCUGUGUCGCUGCGCUCUGCGGCUCUCAGCACCGCUGCGCUGAUGCUCUUCAUUGGCCAUCUGCUGAGAGCCGGGGCUGGAAGGAGCUGUGCAGGGCUGGGAGGCUCGUGGUGCUCGUGUCCAUCCCACCGCAGUGGGCACUGCCGGUACCAUGGCUGCAGGGGCUGUGCCUUCACGGGACGAUGCAGGGUGUGCUGUGCACUGCUGGACACAAAGGAGCUCUCAAUAAACGCUGAGCCUUGCCGUGCUGUGGA